GUGAGGGAGUAAAAACGGUGCUAAUUUAUUUCAAAUCACUCAGAGCAUACACUGGCUCGAGCGAUGCCCAAGUCUCUGGAACGGAGCUGUCUGCAGCGUGCCUUUCAUCCCGACAGAUCUGCUCUACAGGAGACAGACACCAGCUUUAAUAACUGACUUCUCGAGAGAACAUGGGUCCAGCGAAGCUCACCAAGCUCCUCGCAUUGGCCAACGGAAAACGUUUUUAUUCAGCCUUUGGCAAAUGCGACACACUACUUUCAUUCACGCAUCUUUUCCGAUAAUAACGGAUACUUCCGCUGCUCCGUCUGUCUGCGCGCGAAGAAGAUGAAUCAACUCUGCAAUGCUGCCUUCGCUGGAUGCACUGUCUCCUCACCACGGACAGGCACGAGCGGGUGAUUUGAACACAGAGCCUUUUCAACGGAGUGCACCAGGCGGGUCCCCAAGCAGACAGCCCCCUCAGCGUAUGAGGUACAGGAGACCUGAGAGACCGGAUGGCGUGCAGCACGUGCUACUACCUGGUCAUCAGCUCCACGCACCUGAGCAAUGGACAUUUCCGCCGUGUCAAGGGAGUGUUCCGAGGCCCCCUGUGUCCCGCAGCAGUUCAGUCACCGGAUCGUGCUGAAAGGAGUGUAGGAGCUCCUCUUGAGGAUCCCAAGGCCCACUUCUACUGUGAGCUUUGUGACAAGCAGUACCUCAGACACCAAGAGUUUGACAACCACAUCAACUCCUACGACCACGCUCACAAACAGAGGCUGAAGGAGCUGCAGCACAGAGAGUUCGCUCGCAACGUGGCCUCCAAGUCAUGGAAGGAUGAACGCAAGCAGGGGCGAGAGCUGCAACGCCUGCACCAACUGGCACAGCUGCAGCAGCAGAAACAGCGAGGUACAGGAUGGGUCUGUUGCCUCAGAGGAACCAGAGGGCUGAGACAUGUGUCCAGUCCUGGGGGUAGCAGCCUGACCCACAGCCCUCUUCCCACACUACCCCAGACCUCCAGUCAGCCCUGUACAAGCCCCACUAAACCCCAGGCACUGGACCAAUGCUCCCAUCUCCGCACUCACAUCCACUCCCCUCCCCAACCUACUAAAGCACAAGACCCCUCAGUCGAAAGGCCUCCUGCUGUGAAUCCCCAGUCUUGCCUGGACCUGUCCCCUCCGCACUCUCUCUCUGGGUUGGACAGGGAUGGCACCAGGGUGGGGGUCUCCUUCUGCUUCUCCCGGAGGGGGCAGAGGCUGGAACCAUCUGCAUCUGUCUUCUCAGACCAGGAGGAGGAGGAGAAGGUGAGGCGAGUGCAGAGAAAGGCCAGAAUGAAGAUGGAAGAGGAGGAGAUGGAUGAAGAGGUGGGGCAAGGUGGUGAGAUGUCGCAACACAUCUUCCUCCCAGAGCAGCGGGGUGAGGGGGAAGAAGGGGAGGAGAAAGACCGUAGCUUAAUGGGGGACUGUUUGGGGCAGAAAGAAGAGCAGAGCCGAGAACAUCCAGUGUACCGCAGCACUUUAGAAAGCACCAUUAAACACAGGGAUAGAAUAGAGGGAGGCAAACACUCAUCCUCUUCCCCCUCCUCUUCCUCCUCCUUGGCCAGAAUACGAGCACUCUGGCACACACGAGACAGACAGAGGAGGCUAUCCCUCUCCGACAUGGAAAGGAAUGGAGAGAUGGAGGAGGGGAGGGAGGAGGGCGGAGAGAGGGGGAUGAGGAGAGGAGGCCGAGGGCAGCCUCCAGCCUUGUAUGCGUGUGUGCUCGGCAGAGACGGGUCCAGCAGUUUGAGAUGGCCGGUGGAGCUCCUGAAGUUCACCAAGACUCAACCUCCUCUCUCCUACAGCUGCAGACCUCGCUGUCUCUGUUUCCACGGCAACCACAGCGGAGUGUUGAAGGGUCGUCAGAACACAGGGAGGAGAGAAGGGUCCAGCUCACACACGCGCGUAGAGGAGAAGAGCUCUCACACACUUCCUGUGCGGACAGAGGACAUCAACUCACACAAACUUCUGACGGUUACCAAGGAAUUUAACUCGCACACACCAGCUAUGCCAACAGAGAAUAUUUACUCACACUUAAGCCCCAUUCUCACAGAAGACACAAACUCACACACACUCCUCACUCACACAGACGAGGUGAACUCACACGUACUGACACACACAGACAAAUCUUACUCACACACACUCCUCACACACAAGUCGAACUCGGGUCUGCCCCCACCACUUGUCAAGGGUCAGAAGCAGCUCCAUGGCAGAGCUGUGCCCCCCCAGACAGAGAACAAAAGGAGGACAGAUAUACAGUCUGCAGAAGCACAUCCACCCCCCCAGAUGCAUCCACCCCCCCAGACACAGCUACCACCCCAGACACAGCUACCACCCCAGAUGCAUCCACCCCCCCAGACACAUCCACCCCCCCAGACACAGCUACCACCCCAGACACAGCUACCACCCCAGAUGCAUCCAUCCCCCCAGACACAUCCACCCCCCCAGACACAGCUACCACCCCAGACACAGCUACCACCCCAGAUGCAUCCGCCCUCCCAAACACAGCAAGCCGCCCACAUAGAGAACAGGAGACAAGCUGUGUGGCGUCAGAUCUCAUGCAAGGGACAGAUCCACCCCUUCCCUGACCUUAGUCACGUUGACAGGAACAACAAAAACUCAGACAAUCCUCUGGGGUGGAGAUCAGAAGACGAGAGACGGCAGAGGGAGCGAGCUGUCUCCGCCGGCGACCGCAAAUUAGACGCCGUCAGCAGGCCAGGCAUGGAGGACGUGCAAGCGCGCCAGCCCAGGUGUGUGUGUGGGAGCGACACUUGCCCUGAGCGUGUGUGUUCUCAGCCUGUGGGCGGCUCAAACGCGUCGCCCAGGAACAGAAGUGAUGGUGCAAAGAGACAUCGGCUCAUAGAGAGGAAGAAAGGAGUGGGAGGAGGGAAUUCAAACAGGUGUGGAGCGACAGCGUGCACUCUGAAGAGCGUUGUUGCCACGGUCUCCGGCGUGGCUGUCGGGGAGAAAAGAGGAGACACCGGGGCGUGGGUGGGGGGGAACACAAAGGUGGGGAGGAGUGUUCGCAGGCCAGCGAGUGGCUGCCUUUCGCAGAAGUGUGAGUCUGGAACUGGCAGAGAGAAGACUUCCAGGAGUCCCAGUCCAGACUCGCACCCCUCACACUGUCACCCAGCCCUGGGCCUAGCGAGGACACACACUCUCCUUCACACACAGAGAGAGGGGGAUGGAGGGAAGGAGGGAUGGGAAAAGGGUGAAGGACGGUUUUCCUGGGAGCCACGCUUCUCCUCUCUGCAAUCUUUCAUGAAGUUGUCCUGGGAAGCAUGUCACCAUGGUAACAACGGGGGCUACCCUGACUACGGUUACCCUGACAACAGUCCAAGCAUUGGCCCAUUGAGAAAGAGAACAUACAUGCAGCAGGGCAGGAAGUACAGUGAGAGGAGGGGGGGGAGUUUGGAGCUGAAGGGAGGCUGGAGAAGGAAUGAAAGAGGAGUUAUAGGCAGAAGGUACAGAGAAAAAGAGAAGAACAGCAGGGAGAGAAACAGGCAGGUGAUAGAGUCAGAAGCCUGGGACUGGAUGAGUGGCCCGAACCCUGGUGGUGGAUUGGUUUGGGGUCGGUGUGACUCGAGAACCAAGCACAGAGCCCUGGAGUGGACCAGGGCAGCCAGGGGAUGCAGCCCCAGUCCUGGAGGUUGGAUCAGGCUGCAUGCCGGCUGGAAUCAGAAGAUUGGACACCCCAGGGUAGAAGACAUGGAUGGGGGCAGAGGUGCAGGGGAACCCAGCCCAGACAGAUGCACUUGGGGCAGUGGAGACAGCUGGGAGGAGCAGGGUGGCUCCAGACACACCCUAGGUCCGGGGGAUAGGAGAGGCAGCCCGGAGUGGGCCUGGAGGUUGGAGAACAGGCGACCCCCGAGCCCUGAUUACUGUGGCAGCAGACACACACACACUCCCAGCACCAGGUAUGUGUGUGAUGCAGGGGGCACAAGGGGCCUCAGCCCUGGCUCCUGCAGCAGUAUCACCAGUGUGUCUGAGCUGAGUGGGGAGUGGAGCAGGGAAAGUAUCCGAUCAGGGCUCACCCUGGGUGGGGCAACGAGAGCCACAGCAGCCCUGGGCCUCUCGCUCUCCAUGGAGCGGAAACAUUCACAGAGACCCUCACCCACCCCAGCACCACAACCCUCCCCCACCUUUUCCAGUCUUCUCUCUCCCCGCUCUCCCUUUACAGAGAAACCAACUGCCCCCAGACACAAAUCACCCCCCUCUCCCAUGACGGUUCCCAAAACUACACUGGACUCCAACCUCAACCUUGACCCCAUGAUCCCUGACCCCAGGCCCCCUAGGGCCCCCCUGCAGAAGAGGAGCCUCCCCAUAAUAGGUAAACUGCCCUCCAUACAGAGACGUAAAAGAGAGAGAACAGAGGAGAGGAGGGAGUGGCGGAGGAGAGAGGAUGAGGGUGAGGAGAGGGAGGAGAGGAAAGAGAGGAUGAACACUGAGAGCAGAGAGGACACAGACAGUCAUUUGUCUCCCCAGGACCAGUCAGGUUCUCCAAGCCAUCCCUCCCUCCACCAAUCCCAACCCAGGUCUGAGGAUGGACAGACAGAAGGGCCAAUCACCUUCAGCGCUGAGGAGAUGGACAAGUACCGCCUCCUGCAGGAGCAGGCCAGAGUGCACAUGCAGAGACUGUUACAGACUCCUCAGGAAGAGAGAGACACAAUCACUCACACACACACACACCCUCACACACACACACAUACACACACACACAUGACCCCCGAGGAGGAAUUCACACACCUUUCUCUACAGAACCCACUACCGGUGCGUUCCCACCCCAUGCACACACAUGCUGCAUACACACACAAACAAGAAUCCUCCGCCGCACAACUGAUGACAUUGACCCCCCAGGAUCUGUAUCCACAGCCCAUCCCUCUGGGGUUCCUCUCUCUCCCCCCUGCCUCCCCCUCAUCCCCCCUCCCCAGCCUCCAUCACAUCCCCCUCCAAAACACAGCUCUUUCCAUGGCCUCCUCCUGCUCCUCCCCACCCACAUCCCUCAGUCCCCACUCGCCUCACCUGCCCCACUCCAUAGCUCCCCUGCAUCCUCAUCGUCCCCACCCCCAUCUCGCUCCCCUCUCCUUCUCGUCUCUCUUCCCCUCAAUAUUGCUGCCCCAUUCCCCCCUCCCUCUCCUCCCUCCUUCCACAGCCCUUCAUCCCUCCCCCCCCACGCCCCUUCUCCCCCUGACCCUGCACCUGCACCCCCUGCGGCCUCAGACGUACAUACACAGAGUCUGGCCCUUGAGGUUUCAGCAGAAAGCGCUGUGAUUCUCUCUCUAGCGUGACGGCCAUGAUGACUCCCUGUCACCGCUGGCUGGUAUCAGUCCUUAGAAUCAGUCCUAGAAACAGCCCCAGAACAACUACAACAAGCUCUUAGGACCACUAGAGACAGUCCCAAGACCCAUUAGAAAUAGCCGUGGAGCCAGCUUCUAGAACCAUUGGAAUCAUCCCUAGAACCAGCCCUAGAACCACAAGAAUCAUUCCUGGAACCAGCCCCAGAACCACUACAGUCAUCCCUAGAACCACUAGAACCAGCCCUCGGGCCACUCAGAGACAAGACACUGACCAUGGAUCACAAGUAGAAAAGAACAACUGAUGCAGCCACAUCAAGUCAAAUAGCACCACUGGACUCUGUUUGUAAACUCUAUCACAGACACACAUAAACACAAAAUACACACUCAGACACGCCAACAUCAAAUAUGUUUGACCUUUUUGAAAUAAAUGCAUUUCCCAUUUAGCCAGAGUUGAACUGCUUGCCUUCGGACACAUGGACAAAGCAGGUGCCAGGAGACGUGGCCCUUUGAUCCCGGGGCUCUCCUCGCUCUGUGCGGAGAGGAACAGUGCACCUGCUACAAAGACCAACUGGCCUCCUCUCAUCUCCCUCUCUCUGGCCACCUGCACAGGAGACUGACCAGCUGUCUUUUGAAGUACUCUUCACACCAGAGAGAGGAGGAAGAGAGAGGCGGAGAGAAAAUGCCUGCUCUGCUCUGACUCCAUUACUCUGGGGUUAUCUAAAUCCAGGAGAGCUUUUAUACAGGGUGAAACACAAGCCCGGUGCUGGGGCACAAACACAAACACAACCCUUAGAAAUAGGCAAUAACUGUUUUCCAGUGGACUCGUAAAAAGACCUUGAAUAGUAUUUAAUAAUUUAAAUAAUGUCUGUUGUGUAAAUAAUUUGUCCAGGGGUGUCGUAGAGAGACUGCAGGAAUAAAACAGGA